UGGUCGAGCGGAUGGCAGCGGAGUGGGAGUGUGUCAAUCGUGCGUGCCGUGAUGGAUGAAGUCACGACGAGCGACCCAGGAGGUGGGGAAGGUAGAGGAAUAUGCGCCGGCUGUCUCAACGCUAUUGAGGACGAAUUUAUACAGGCAUUGAAUCAAGAAUGGCACAUUGAUUGCUUUCGAUGCUCGGCGUGCGACAUUGGCCUAUCCUCCUGGUACUUCGAGAAAGAUGGCUUGCUAUUUUGUAAAGACGACUACUGGGCCGCUUACGGCGAAGCGUGUCAGGACUGUGGCCAGAUCAUCACAGGCCCCGUCAUGCUGGCGGGCGACCACAAGUUUCAUCCAGAAUGUUUCGUCUGCACCUCGUGCGGCGCUUUCAUCGGCGAUGGCGAGAGUUACGCGCUCGUCGAACGGUCCAAGUUGUACUGCGGGGUUUGUUACAAGCGGCAGAUGCAACCACUCAACAGGGCGGCGAACUACCCCUUCGCCAGGAAACCACACAGCAUUAGGCUGGUCGAAAUUCCUCCCAGUACGACAGAUCCGGAUAAGCAGAGGGGAAUUAAACUCACGUUAGACACAGCUCCCAGUCCCCGCAGUUGUGGUGCUUUGUUGCGCAUUUCAGAGUUAAUGAGAAAUAUUCGUGGAAAGAUCAGUAAGCUGCUAGCCUCCGUGAUGGAGGUUCUAUUUAGGCUAUGCUGCCACUUCUCUAAUCAUAGAUUGAACAUGUCGAGCGAUCUUAUAUCGUUACACAUUGGCGACCGAAUCUUGGAAGUAAAUGGCACGCCCGUUAAAGACCAGCCGGUGGAAAGUAUCGAAAAUCUCAUACAAUACUCGGACACAGUUUUACAAUUGACUAUCGAGCACGAUCCAGAUGCGGUGUCACGACGGCCCACGUUCUCCUCACCGUCUUCGGCGAUGCUGACGUGCGUCGGCAGCCCUAGGACAAGUCCCGAGAGCAAAGAGCGGCUGUUUAAGCGCCGGGACGAGGGUUACAUCAGCGGUGCGCGGAGCCGACAGUUACGAAGAACGAGAGAUCCCAUGCAUAAAGAACGCAGCAGUUCUAUGUCGCGAUUGCUCGACGGAUCUUCUCCAACGAAUCCUACUUACGAUCUAAGCCGCACCAGGUCCUUCCGCGUAGAGCCAAAGAAUCAGAGAAUAUUUCGAGCGAGCGAUCUGGUGAAGGGCGAGCUCCUGGGCAAAGGAUUCUUCGGACAAGUAUUCAAGGUCACGCAUCGCGACACGGACGAGGUGAUGGUUCUCAAGGAGUUGUACAGAGUGGACGAGGACGCGCAAAAGAACUUUCUAAAAGAGGUUGCGGUAUUGCGGUCAUUGCACCAUAACAACGUUCUUCGAUUUAUCGGUGUUCUUUACAAGGACAAGAAACUGCAUUUGGUUACCGAAUACAUAGCAGGCGGCACGUUAAGGGCCCUGCUUCACGACACGAACGAACCAUUGCCGUGGGAACAGCGCACGUCUUUCGCGAAAGACAUCGCUGCCGGCAUGGCCUACUUGCACUCUAUGAACAUCAUUCAUCGCGACUUGAAUUCGCACAAUUGUCUCGUUCGCGAGGAUAAGACUGUUGUCGUUGCCGAUUUCGGUCUGGCGCGGAUCAUUCAGAACGGCAGCUCGCCGGACAAUCGCAAGUACAAUCGACACUCCGACGGAGAGGUGAAGACUUCGAAGAAAGAGCGGAAGAAACGAUACACCGUUGUGGGGAAUCCCUACUGGAUGGCACCCGAGAUGAUGAAGGGCAACAAGUACGACGAGAAGGUAGAUAUAUUCAGCUUCGGCAUCGUUGUCUGCGAGAUCAUAGGUCGGGUCCAGGCGGAUCCUGAUUAUCUACCGAGAUCCUCGGAUUUCGGUUUGAAUCAAAAUGUCUUCAAGGAAAAGUUCUGCUCCAAUUGCCCGGAGACCUUCUACAUGAUCGCGUUUCUCUGUUGUGAUCUGAAUCCCGACAAGAGGCCGCCAUUUGAGGUUAUGGAGGUCUGGCUGGAAGGGCUGGCGAUGCAUUUGUCGGUAGGUGCCGAAUUGCCGGCAGAUCUGGACUUCGACAUCAGAAAUUACAAGGGACCGAGUCCGAGCAGCAGCGAGUCGACGACUCCGGAGACCCUGGCGCCGCAAUUGAAGCCCAUCAAGGAGGGCCAGGUGCACCAGGAGAAAAAGCGAUCCAGGGGUUGCGACGACAGUACUCUGGAACGUGAGACAGAGCCCUCGUCGGGCAACACGCUUCACGUGCCCGAAGUCACGAGUCCGCGUAACAGGUACACGAGGCAAAACAGCAAGCAGAACGACAGCUCGGGCAAUGCGGGACGUUACUCGAGGCAAAAUUCCAAAUCGAAGGACUUCGUAUCCGACAAGGAGAAGCCCGACAUCGUGAUCUCGCCCGAUUCCAGCGGCUUCAGCGGACGGUAUCUGAGAAAUCACAACAGCAAAUCAAAAGAUACGUCUCCCGACAUUCCAAAUACGUACGUUUACUCGAAGCAGGAGAUGUAUCCGAGGCAGAUCGACGCGAACGAACACAAUCUGACCCGGGUACCCACCGUGGAGAAGAUAAAGUACGUGGGAAACGCGAGUCCGUGCGCGGUGCCCGACGCUUCAGAGUACAUAAUCGACAGCAAAGGCUCGUACAAGAUCAACAGUCUGAAGCAUAAGCCGGCGGAGAAGGGUAACGAUACGAGCGGUCAUAAGACAAAGGAGAGCAAAUUCAAGAUACCGGAUGCCGCGAGCUCCGUUGGUUCUUACCUGAAGCAAAUCGGUAAAUCUAUCGGCGCUGUGGAGAAGGAAAAUAAAGCGAUUAAUAAUACGGCGAACUGCGGUGAUGCCGAUUCGAAGAAAGUAGUCGGCGAAAGCCCGAAGCCCACCGCCGGAUCGUAUCUUCGAAGGACGAAAAUAUCGCCGACCAAAGAGACAACGAAGAACGCGUUUUCCAAUAAAGAGACUGUCAAAGACAAAGUCGAUGGCGUUUUGUCUCAGAAAUCCGUAGAAUCAAAAGUUCCACCGAGCCAAGAGAACGUCGCAGGAAACGAGAAGGACGUUAAAGAUAGGCUGUCCAGACAGGAGAGCGAUGCGUCGGAUGUCGGUAGUAUCUUGUCGAGACAGGGAAGCCUCACAGUAUUAGAUAGCACGUCUAAAUACAACGAUUACUCGCCGUUCAACACCUUCACGAAGGAUGAUUUUCGCGAGGACCAUUCCUUUGGAAAGCAAAAUUCAGGUCUGUAUCAUACAGACAGUCUCUAUUCCAACUCCAGCAUCUCGAAGCAGGACGAUCUCUUCAGUAUACACAGCAAACCAAAUAGGAAUGACGACGUUGUUGGAACUAGAUCGAUGGGCAACGGUCCGAAAAACCCAAUGAUGACUUCGUCUAUUUAUGAUAGUGAUUUGAAGGCGGCGCCGAACAGUCUGGCCGAGUACAACGGUUGCUACAAGGGUAUCGACAUCUGCAGACAGGACAGCUUCGGUUCCGACAGCGCACUCGGCACUAUGAAGAGCGAUUUCUUCGCGGACGUCGAUUUCGCGCGGAUGAGGGACACGCCGGACUUGUGCCAUACACCCGAAAGAUGCUGCACUCCUAAUCGUCCGACAUCACCAAUAGAAAGUACUGCUUUAUAAAAUCAAAAAUGAGAGUAGGGAGAGAGUAACAGUUUAUGUCGAGAUAACGUGCGUAAUCCCCGACGAUGAAUGAAUCUCAUUUGCUACUAAUUUGAUCUCUUUAUUCAUAAUUCAUAAACUUUAUUCAAUAAGGAUCGAAUCAUGUAACGUGCUUAGUUUGCAGUAUUAACUUUUUAGCCAGAGUUUACUUCGUCCAUUAUCUUUAGUGCAAUGAGCGAGGGGAGAAUUGAAUUUAUAUACGUUGAGUUUAAUAAGCGCAAUAUUUUGAGUACAAUACUUGUUUUCGAAAAGCUUCCUGAAGGGAAAGCGAUAUUUCAUUGUUGAUAUGGAAUUUGAAAUUUUUUAUUUUAUUUUAUAAAAUUGAAUUUGAAAUCGAUAUAAGCGAGACAGACGCAGAACCUCGGGCUGGAGAUGUUUCCGUUAAAUGUAAAUCGAAGUGUUGUCUUACUGUGAAGAAAGUAAUGAUGACGCGAUAAUAUUCAGUAUUAACGAAUUUUUAUUUGCUGAUUUAUACGAAUUUUUAGAUGGUAAUGACGCCAGUUAAUUAGCCGUAAGGAUUCUAUUACAUUCCUAGGAAAUCUUGCCACGCGGUUUUUCAAACGUGGGGAGUUUAGGUGAAACUCGCGACGAAAAACGCGGAGACUCCCCGACAGAAACCAUUCCAUCCAAAAUACUUAUAGCCGGGAUUUUGAUAAGUACGAUAUUACUAGUGUGCUCGAAAAAAAGCGGCACUGUGAAUACGUCGAUUUUUGCAAAUUACAAAUCACACGAAUACAGAAUCAAAAAAUCGUCAACAGCCGAAGUACGAAGUAGAAAUUAAUCUUUUUGACUUUGAUCGUUUUGUAAGUUGGUGCAAAAUACGUUUCCUCCCUGAGACUACACUGAUCACGUAGACGUUUUUCCCUUGAAUUGCGAACACACAUCAUGUAGACUCAGUUCUUGUAGAAUAGAGGAUGUAAAAAAAAAAAUAGUGUUAUAUUUGUUUCCGGGCAUACUUACAUAUGUACAUCACAGUGUAAAAUAUUGUAUACGUUUGUAAUACUGCUGUAUAUGUACAGAUCAUUGAUAUAUUAUAUAUGUAUGUAUACAUGCGUGCAUAUAAAUAUAUACAUAUACAUGCGACGUUUAUAUCUUCGUUAGGUCUGUGUUUCUCGGUAUAGAUUUCCUCCUCUGAUAAAGAGAUAUAUGUAUAUUAAAAAUGUGAAUUUAUAUAUUUAUGCAUUUUUCCUUUCUACUGACGUUAUAUAUACGCUUCUUCUUUUUAACGAGGAUAUAAACGGCGGCGGAGUAGUAAAUAUCGUGUGUAUAAAGGAACAAAUAAUUUGUAUAUAAGUUUGUAUAUAUAUCCAAAUAUUUGUAAUUUUCAGAACACACCGAUCGAGAUAAUAUUUGAGUAACAAAUAAGUUUUAUACUUGCGAUACAUAAGUACGCAACUAUAUAGUUUCUCUUCCCAUAUUCUAUUGCGAUAAUAUAUUGCCGUUCUCUUUCUUUAUUUUUUAAAUCGCAUGUCGACCAUAAUUUUCAUGACGUUUAGAUGAAAUUGCAUGCUUUCAUAGACGCAGUUCCGAGCAACAAUUUUAAUACUUAUACUUAUUUCGUCACGUUUUUUUUUUACCCUGUCAACCAACAAGACCAUUUCACAUUUAGAUUACAUGCAAGUAAUGCGCGACCAUUUUUUCUUUAUCAGAAAAUACAUUUCUCUCGAAUGCAAUUAUACGUUGAUUAAUAUAUUAUUUUUAAAAUAAACGUUUAUUAUAUAAUAAUGGCAUUCUCAAAUUGUUUACGCCGAUAACACGAUUUAUGUUUAGCCUUGUGUGAUUGUUUUUUUUUUUUCACUCUAAGACUGCAAUUGGAUGCACGAAAGGAGCCCCAAUCAAACAGCCCCGAUCUUUAUUUCUCUUCGUGUAUGUGACAUGUAGAGGGAACAUUAUCGCUAAAUGUUACUAUGACGAUAUCGCGAGCGUUUAUCACGUAGAACGAAUUAAAAAAAAAAAAAUUAUCACUAAACGCGCGUCCGCUCAUAGAGACGGACGUUAAUGUGCAAUAAUUGUACGGCUUGCUGUAUGUAACACAGGUAGAGCUAGCCUAAGAGAUUAUUCACGGCUUGUCGUUAGCUGAUGAGAGCAAACUAAUUAGCGACCUUAGGGUAGAGUGCUUCGUGAAAUUGCGAGAUUUGCGUCGUGAAAGAGAAAAUGGUUCGCGAGUUCUCUCGCCGGCAACACGCGCGGCCGUCUAAUUUUGCAACGUGACGAUCAUGUUUGACGUUCAGAAGUUUGAAGUUCGACUAAUUAAACACAGGAUGAGGAAUAACAGACAGCCGCGGAUAUUCAGCGUCGUGCCGGCUGCGUACGCGAACGGAGGAAGCGAUCGAACGAAUCAAAAGCGCAAGGGAGCGUAUCUUGCGUUCGAAAAUAUGCAUAAUCAAUUGUCAUGGAAAAACGCUUGGAAACUUGCGAUGAUGCGAGAGCGACGAAAAAAAAAAAACGGAACGUUUAUUGUAAAACGCGUCGCGGGGAUGAACAGUAUUAACAUUACUCGCUACAAAUAUUGUUGCUUGGUAGUGAUGUGUACGUUUUUGCUAUCGUAACUCCUUAACACAUAGCGGGCACAAAGAUCGCGUUAAGACCUACAAAAGAGAUAUCUAGAACGGGUAAAACGUUAUUUUUAUAGCCCCUGUAAAUUUUUGAUAGCCGACACACGAGACCAUCGAUAGAUUGAUAGGUAUAUACAGGGUGCCCCGCGGGUCGUUAGCGCGUCAAUUCGUAUAAUGACUAAUUGAGGCCGUAAUGACGGGGGCGCCCUAUAUAAUCCCCGAUCGAUUAAUAUUUUUCAUUCUCUCCCCUGUAAAAUCCGAAAUUCGUUUACUGACCCGAUACACGUAGUCUCGAGCAGAUAUUUUUUAUAGACACGUCGCAGAGAAAACUCUAAUAUCCAAUUGACGAUAUAAUUUUGUAAUGGGAAAGAUAUUCUUGUAAUUAUUGUCGGCCUAAUUUCACAUAGAGUCCCGCGAUAGUUUUUCACACGCACCUCCCCGAAUUUGUAACUAAAUUACGAGUUAUUUUUUUACACGAGAAUGCGAUUUAAACGUUGUGCCGCGAGACGCGGCGGUCGACACAUCGCGCGCGAUAUUUUGGGUCUCUCUAUUUAACACAAAAAAAUACUCAUCUAUAAAUUAAUAUAUUAAUACUAUUCGCCGUAAGCAGGCAGAUAUCGGAAAAUUUAGCGCGAUGCGAAAUAUUGAUUCAGAUUUGUGGCUGACGUUUGGAAAAAAAAAAGAAACGGAGAUUUUCGCAUCCGCAUUGCAGGUGCAUGUAUACUCGAGCUCGAAAUCAUCCCGGAAUCAUAUCGUAUUCCUAAUAAACCAGGAGCAAUGAUUGCGUUAUCGACCACAUACGAGACUGUUAUAUGUUGUUUUUAUUGCAAGUUGGCAAGAUCGAAAAUGCGAUUCCGAGAUAUUCGUCCGCUGUCGCGACGAACGACGUCGAAUUAUCUCGAUGACGAUUGUCACUACAUCGGCGAUCUAUACUUCGGCGAGAGCGGAGAACGAACGGCAGAUGGUUUUUUUUUUAUAUCACUUUUAAGUGCGUAUCCGUUACCUGUAAAAGUCUACGAAUGAGUUUUCGCGCAGAGUUCUAUAUUGUGAGACGAGUGUUUUAUUUAACAUUCCGAUAACUUAGCGAAACAAAAAAAAAUACAAAAUAAACCGUUGACAGUACAUGGUA